AUGAACGGUGCCUCCGCCCCAGUCUACGGCGACUGGCACGCCAACGGCUACGGCUCGCCCCCGAAUUCCACAAUCAUGAACAAAGACUCCAUGCCAUCCGACAAAGCAGAAGCCGCGCGCCAGAAAUCCGCCGCGGUAAUGGAAGCCCUUCGAAAUGGAGACCAAGGGGCCGCGGAUCGACUCAUGGGCAAGAAUGAAGCUCGAAAGGGACACGCAUCGGGUCCAGGGCCGAUGAAGUGGUUGAAGGGUAAGUUUGCUGGGAAGGAUAAGGGAGGGAAGGAGGUGGGGGAUGGGGAUAGUGUGAUGAGCGAGGGUGUUGAGAGGGAGCAGGUCACUGUGGGUAAUAAUGGGAAGAAGGGGGAUAGAAUUAUUCGGUGA